GUUUUAUUGUUGGUAUACUCUACCCUCCUCCCAACCCAACAACUGCUGAACGUCCAUUCGCAAGCAAGCAAGCAAGCAAACACCACGCAAUGAGCCACCACGGCCACUCGCACGGCCCGGGAUCACUCCACCACGGCCAUAGCCACGGCGACAGUUCGUCCAUCCCGACGACGCCGACGCUGGCCUCUGCCACCUCACCAAGCCAAGUGGCGUCCCAGUCCCAGUCUCUGUCCCAGUCUCAGUCUCAGUCCCAGUGGACGAGCUCGAUGAUCCCAGGCGGAUCGGCCGCGUUUCCGCUCAAUGCAACUGGCUCUGCUGGCGCGGCUUCGGCUGCAAUGCUGAUGGCGUCGUCGCCUCAGCUCAUCAACCUCGCAAGCGCGGGAAGUGCUCCUUUGGCUGGACCGUCGCCAUUUGAUGUGCUGGGCCCAAUCCCGCCAUCCACGGCCGACCCAAAGCUCAACGGACUGACCGGAAUCGCUCAAGCGCCCGUCAACCAUGCAAGCCAUCCAAACCAUGCAAGUGGUGGUGCUGGAGGUCAUCAUGGGCAUAGCCACGGACCUGCUGCCAAUGCCAAUGCCAGUGCCAAUGCCAAUGCCGCUGCUGCUCACGGCCACAGCCACGACGAUGGACACGAUCAUCACGGGCAUAGCCACGGCGGUCGCAACGAUCACCACGGACACAGCCACGGCCAGAACGAUCAUCACGGUCAUUCCCACGGGGCAAGCACCAAGAAGCCCAAGGCGCCCGGACAGAGCUGGAUUCGGCUCGUUUCACACAACGUCGGCUUGGUUCUCGCCGACCGACGCGCCAUCGGAGCUCUGGGUCGCAUGACUGUCGCUGUUGUUGGCUUUCUGCUUCCUCUGAUUGCGGGCCAUUUCAGCGAGAGUCUUUCACUCCUCGCUCUCGCGUACUUGUGCUUGUAUGACACGCUGUGUCUGUUCACAUGCCUUGUUUCGCUGUGGAUUUCCAAGCAAAAGGCCUCCUUUGAGUUUUCCUAUGGGCUGGAGCGUGUCGAAGUUCUUGUUGUAUUCGCCAACACGAUGACUUUGAUCUUUUGUGCGUUUUACACAAUCAAGGAAAGCAGCGAGCGAUUGAUUAUUCCUGAAGCCGUUGAAGGAGAUUACAUGGCGAUUGCCGCCGUGCUUGCUCUCGCUUUGCACAUUUACAACAUUUUCAAAAUCGAAAAGCACUCGAAUGGGCACACAGCCGCAGAAUCCACCUCCAUUGCGUUCAAGCAGCUGGUCGCUUCCUCAGUCCGGUCUGUCUUUGGCUCUGCUUCGCCACUGUACCGCCUGGCCCUGAGCUGCAAGCCCUUGAACAUUCACAUUCUGGCCGGGAUUGCCGCCACACUAUUGAUCAUCGCUUCUUCCUUUGUCGCCGGCAUCGAAGGCUGGGAAUCUGCAGACCCAAUCGUCGCCAUUCUCAUUUCCAUCAUGAUGCUCGCCACCAUCAUGCCCAUCGCGCUCUUUAACGGCAAAAUGCUGUUGCAGACCAUGCCACCGCAUGUUUUGGGCCAACUGGACAAGUGUCUUCGGGAGGCACUCACCUUUGAGGGAAUCCUCGAAUUCCGAAACGAGCACUUUUGGACGGAAUCGUACGGCGUCGUUGUGGGCUCGCUCCACGUCCGAGUUCGCCGUGAUGCCAACGAACAACUCGUGCUUGCUCACUUGCAUGCCAAGCUUGCACCCAUUGUCAGCAAGCUGAGCGUGCAAGUAUUCAAGGACGACUGGAGUGUGGUUGGGGCGUUGUAGUACCUUUGUUUUUUGUUUCCAACGCAAAUUAAAAUUGUCAUUCCUUGC